AUGGCGUUUUGGGAGUACACGUUGACAGGUUUCAAUGACUUUCUCGACCAGCGUAUUGUCGCGUUCACGGAGCCGAUGCCCGCCAGCCGUGUCUGCAGCCUCUGCGGUCGGGUGCCCUCUAGCUCUGUACUGCUGCCCUGCGGUCACGUGUUGUGCGAAGAUUGCCGAGGUGAAAUCCUCAAGGAAGCUGAGUGUCCCUUCGAUGGAAGACCUUUCACGGAAGGCGAACUUGUCCGUCUGGCCUUCGAGCUGUGCGACCUGGAGCAGCGCCGUGUUUUGUGCAUGGUCGCCGGUAGGAAGUGUACCACUUUCGUGGGAAAGCUGUCUGAGCUGAGAGUCCACCUGCGCCAUUGUCGCAGCGGCAACAUGAAGUGCGCUAAGUGUCACCAAGCCGUUGCACGUGACGCGGCCGUGAAUCACUACAGGCAGUGCUGUGACGCAAACGCUAUUCGCCACUGCGUGAGUCACGUGCGAGUGCAGAGCGCCAUCGAAGAAAUACGAAGCAUCAAGGAAGACCUCGAAAGCCUGCGGCAGCGGGCUUUGUGCGAGCGUGACGGUGAUGACGAUCUUGUGAACGGUGCCAACGGAUUAGUCGAAAGACUGACCAACCUUGAUCUUGUGCUGUUCGAGGUCCAGGGAACGGUGGCUGGCGUCGACCUUGAGGGCGCUUCGCUUCAGUCACUUAAGAACAUUUCACCGACGCCAGGACCAUUUCGCGCUGCAUCGAGGCCCGGCGUGUCCAUCGUCACUUGCGAGUUCAUGGCUGUAUACGCUGCACGCGACUCUAUAAAGCAAGACAAAAAGCAACACAAGAUAUCUACAGAGUUCUACACGCUCAGUGGUUACACCUUCCAGCUGAAUUGCGAAUUCUCCUUGUCGGGAGGUGAAGGCAGUGAAGAGGUGAAUGUGAGGUUCAUCUUGUUUCUGCACGAAGGUGAAUGGGACGAUUACGUUGAAUGGCCAUUCUCGAAAAAUGUGUCAUUGGUCAUCGCUCACCCCAGAGAUGACGCCAGAGAUGUCAGGCUGGCAGUCAAGAUGGAUGAAUACAAGGUCGCCAAGAAACCGCGCCCUGAAUCUUGGAAUUCGGGAAGCUGUACCGACAAGUUGAGGUGGAACGAAAUCGAACUCCAAGGCUACAUUGUUAAAGGCUCCCUCUACGUCAAUGUUGAAUUCGAAUGACAGUGGGAGAGCAACUGCUUUUGUACGCUUUUUUUUGUCGGUUCUGUUUAUGAGCAGGAGAACUCGAUUGGAUUUCAUGGUAGCCGUGUGAUGCCUUGUCCUAUCGCUGGAACAGCAAAGUUCACUCAUUUCGUUUUCCUUUCUUUCAGCCAA